AUGGCGGCUUUGGCUCCCGGAAUUCUUCAAAAGCUAAUCGACGGUAUGAAAACAGGAAUCAAACCGACGAGAGAACACCGGAGCUCUAUGUUACAAGUCACAGAUAUUGUACCCAUCGAUCUCGACGAGAAGAAUCUAGUCCCGAAACAAGGGUUUCUCAUCAAAGUCUCCGAUUCAUCUCACUCAAUCUACGUCACACUUCCUUCGGACCAAGACGACGUCGUUCUAAGCAACAAGAUGCAGCUUGGUCAGUUUAUCUACGUCGAUCGGCUCGAGCCAGGAUCCCCUGUUCCGAUCAUCAAAGGCGCAAAGCCAAUCCCUGGGAGGCACCCGUUACUCGGGACACCGGAACCGUUGAUGGGUCCGAAAGGAAAAUCCGAACAAGAACCUGGUUCGAAGCCAAGAAGAGGUUCUUGGGGACAAAACAGCGACUUUACUUCUCCUUUUGUUAUGAAAUAUGUGCCUUUGGAUUUCGACCAUUCUACGCCGGCGAAGAGGUUAGCUUCAGCGAGAUUCGCGGCGUCUCCGAUCAGAAGAGGCGCUGUGAGAUGCUCUUUUGGUGGAGGAGUUUUGGGGAAAAUGGAAGGUGAGAGUCCGGCGAUGCUGAGGAAGAGUUGUGUUGUUCCGUCUUCGGCUUCGAAGUUUCCGAGAAGUAAAAGUGUUUGUGAUAGAGAUGCUAAAAGGAACAAUGCAUCAGCUUCUGUUCUUAUUAGUCCUUUCAAAUCCUUUGUAGAGGCUCAUGAAGAUGUUGUUCCUUUGUCCACCUCGAAGAAGACGCUUAGUAAGCUGAUAAAAACCGAGAAAAAUACCAAUCUACCAGGAAGGCUCAACACAUUAAGCAAGGAAGCAACUCAGCUUCGGGAAACAGCUCAGAAGAUUGCCCUUCAGGCAUUGCGAGAGGCCACAGCUACGGAAACUGUUGUUCGUCAUCUCAAGACAUUUGCCAAUCUAAGCAAAUCAGCGAAAGCUGAUUGCCCGGCGGCGUGUUUUGAGAAAUUCAUGGAGUUUCACCAACAGAUAGCACAAACCAUAACCGAAAUCGCAUCCAUUGAAGCAGCUAUUUCAGAUACUACGAGCAUGUCACAAAACACAUUCACAAGAACCGAAAAUCAGAAGCCAAAAGAAGAUGAGUCUUCGAUACUGCAUGAAAUCGCGCAUAAUUCUAUUGAUCAGGAGAAAAGCAGAUCAAAGAGGCGGAUUAUCUUGAAGCAGCAGCAGAGUGAAGUGAAGACAUUGAGAUCAAAUGAUGAGAACAAGAAUCCAGCUUGUGGUGGGAUAGGCAACACGAUUAGGUUGGCAAAAGAGAUUGAGGACGAAGCUGGAAACUGGUUCAUGGAGUUCAUCGAAAUGGCUUUGGAGAAAGGUAUGAAGAAAUCUAAAGGCCCUGAUGAUGCAGACGUUAAGAAGGUUCCACAAUCUAUGAUUCUCAAAGUUUUAAAUUGGGUUGAAGUGGAACAGUCUGAUAGCAACAACAAGAAACGUACAGUCCAUCCAAAAGCAUCAAAGAUCACUCGAAAGCUCAGAAUUAAAUCGAAGAAUCCUUGA